UUCGUAUUUAAACUCAUGGUUAUCUGAUUUAUUUACAUAAAUUCAUACACCUAUUUUGUCUUUUUUUUUAAAUAUUUAAAAAUGUUUACUUCUAUAAUUGAACUUAUUGAUAUUUUAAACUACAUUGGUGAUAGUAAAAGGCCAUUAGUUGAAGGGACACAAAUAUUGCAAUGCAAUCAUAUAAUAGAUUUUGGUAUUAAAGAAGAAAAUACAAAUGAAGUGGUUUAUAUAGCAUUGUGCUUACAAACAUCCAAUUUAAAUGGCCAUCCUCAUGAAGUAAAUAUUUCAAAAUUGUGUGAAGAUGGUAAUACAGUCAUAACUGGUUCGUGUACUUGCAAAGCUGGCACUGGAAAAUGUAAGCAUGUUGUGGGAUUUUUGCUCAAGCUCCAAAAAACUUCAGAAGAGGAGAUACAACAUUUAAGCUGCACUGAUCUUCGUCAACAAUGGGGCAAAUUAAAGAAUACUGGUAUUGAUUUGUAUAAACCAAUACCAGUAAAAGAAUUUUGUCACGUUGACUGCACUACUGCUGUUUAUAAACAAGUCUUCCCAGAAUCACUGCCUCCAGAUCUUCAGGAAGAAGUUUUUAAAUCAUUGUUACAAGGGUUUUACAAAAAGGGUCUACUUAAAUUAUAAUUAAAUAAUUUAAGUUUACCCAGAUUUAUUGGUAUACCAAACACAGCAGACAUUUAGAAUAAAUUAAGUUUGUACACUAAAUCAAUAGAGCACUUAAAAUAU